AUGCGUGCCCCCGCACGGCGGGUCCCGGCCGAGACGGAGGAGGGGCUGUCAUGCAAGGCGCUGCGCAUUGGCCUCUACCUCAACGACAAGUACUCGAUCGACGGGCGCGAUCCGAACGGCUACGUCGGCGUCGGCUGGUCCGUCAUGGGCGUGCACGACAUGGGAUGGGCGGAGCGCGCCGUCUUCGGUAAGAUCCGAUACAUGAACUACAACGGCUGCAAGCGCAAGUUCGACGUUAAGCAGUAUGUCGCAGAGUGGUCUGGCAAAAAGGCUGCUGCUGGCUCCACGUCGGCCGGCGCCAAGUCGGCGUCCGCCGGCAGGGCCAAGGCUGGCGGCAAGGCAAUGAAACAGACGACUCUCGGCGGCGGCAGCACGGCGGCGGUGGACGACGAGCCGAGGCAGGGCCAAGGCGCCGCCGCCGAAGAAGCCAAAGUUGGCCAUCCCGAUUUGAGGCAGUGGGCGGUACUGGGUACUGCGGGGGCUUGGCUGCGCCGCCAGUGGCUGGGAGGGAUAGGACGCUAUGGCACAAAAGCGCGAGAGAUUGGUCUCCUCCUGGCGGAGUAG